AUGGCUAAGGCGGAGUUGGGACUGAAGGUAGCUUUCUACGCCUACCCGUGCGUCCUCUUUGUCACCCUGCUAGGCGUUCAGUCUGCGCAGUUCUACCUCAGUCGCCAUGGCAAUCCCCAGGCGCGUCACGGCGCGUUGGAUGCUGACCAGAAACAGCGGGCGGACAAGACUCGACGGAUUUUCGCCCGCUUGAUAUGGACUUUUCAACUUAUUCUGUCACUUUUGCUUAUUGCGAGUAUUGUCCUUACGACGAAGCAGGUUUUUGCUGAUCAGGGGGAUGUUACUGGGGAUGUAGCUUUUGCCUUCAGCGCAUAUCUAGCGUCAUUUGUGGGAGUUCUGCUUUACUUCGUCGCCGGUCUUCUUCCCGAUCCUGAAGGACCUUGGAACCCAAAUGGUUCUCAUCUUUCGGCUUGGUGUGUCGGCGCACUUGCAGAGAUUGUCAUCGCAGCUGUAUUUUCAUCCGCGGAGCCUCGUCUACGUGUAUCGCCCGGCUUUGUUGACACUAUCAACAUCCUCGGAUCGGCCAGAGUGUUUGUGCUUGCUCUGAUGAUCGGUGCAUUUGGCUUGAGAGAGUACAAGUUGAAAUCUCUUGAGCCAAAGUCCGUGCCCGAGGAACGACAGUCACUGCUAGAGAAUGGAAAUGGUGCGGCCGAGAGCUACGGCAGUGUUCCUCCAAGUGCGCCUGAACCAGCCAGAAGGACCCAGGUUUCCGGGACAGGUUGGCUCGAUUACUUUGCUGGUUUCCGUGUUUUGUUCCCCUACCUCUGGCCUAAGGACUCGCCUCUUUACCAAGCAAUCGUGCUAGUUUGUCUCAUCCUUCUUGUCUGCCAGCGUACUGUCAACGUCUUGGGCCCUCUUCAGCUGGGUACACUUGUCGACAGCCUUGGCGAAGGAAAACUGCCCUACAAGGAGAUCAUUCUGUACGUUGUGUAUCGCGCUCUUCAAGGCAAUCAAGGAGCUCUUGGCGCUAUGCGCAGCGUACUAUGGAUCCCUGUAUCCCAGUCUCUCUUCCGACGACUCUCAGCCGCUGCCUUCGAACACGUCCUGGGCCUUUCUCUCGAGUUCCAUCUCAACAAGAAAGUUGGUGAAGUCACCAGCGCGCUCAGCAGAGGCGCAUCUAUCAACACCUUCCUUGAGAGCUUCUGCUUCCAGGUCUUCCCUAUGGUGUUCGAUAUCUUCGUCGCUGGUGUCAUCUUCUUCGUCAAGUACGACGCCUUCUACACCAUCAUCGUCUUCUUCAUCAUGUGGUCGUACAUCUUCCUUACCAUCUACGUGGCCAAGUACCGCGGCAAGCAGCGCCGAGACAUGACAGUCAAGACUCGUGAGAUGGAGGCUGUCAAGACGGAUGCCAUCGUCGCGUAUGAGACGGUUCAGCACAACUGCGCUGUUUCUCGUGAGACUGGGCGGUUUAGGGAGCACAUUACUGUCUUCCAGCGUGCUGAGCGCUUGGUACAGUGGUCGCUGGCUGCGCUCAAUCUCACGCAGAGCUCCAUCUUCACCCUAGGCACAGCCCUUCUUGUUUCCGUUUCGGCAUACAAGAUUUCGAUCGGGGAGCAGACUGUGGGCGAGUUCGUCAGUUUGAUCAACUACUUUGUGCAGCUUCAGGGACCUUUGAAUUUCUUUGGCACAUACUACACCAUGCUACAGAACAACCUUAUCGAGGCUGAACGGCUUCUUGAUCUGUUCAAAGAAACACAAGGCGUAGAGGAAAAGCCCGAUGCCAUCGCACUUCCGUCACCUAAGGGAGAGGUCGCCUUCAACGAUGUCAAGUUCGCCUACAACACGAAGAAGGGUGGCCCUGUUCUCGAUGGAAUCAACUUUACUGUUGCCCCUGGAACCAAGACUGCCAUCGUUGGAGAAUCCGGCAGCGGCAAAUCGACCUCGCUCAAACUCCUCUUCCGUUUCUACGACGUCACAGACGGCUCCGUUACCAUUGACGGCCACGACCUUCGGGAUCUCAAGCUCGACAGCCUCCGUAGAAACAUCGGUGUGGUGCCCCAGGAUACGGUUCUGUUCAACGCUACCAUCAUGUACAACCUGCUAUAUGCCAGACCUGAUGCGACGGAAGAAGACGUGUACGAGGCGUGCAGGGCUGCCAAUAUCCACGAGCGUGUCUUGAACUUCCCUGAUGGAUACGAGACCAAGGUUGGAGAGCGAGGGCUGAAGUUGUCUGGAGGUGAACGCCAACGGAUUGCCAUCGCGCGCGCUAUUCUCAAGGAUGCUCGUAUCCUGCUACUGGAUGAAGCUACCGCUUCUCUUGACUCGCACACCGAGCGUCAAAUCCAAGAUGCGCUCGAGCGUGUCACCACUGGACGAACAACAAUCACCAUUGCCCAUCGCCUUUCCACAAUCACCACCUCUGACCAGAUCAUCGUGCUGCACAAGGGAAAGAUUGCCGAACGCGGCACACAUAAUGAGCUUCUGGCUCUCGGCGGCCGAUACCAUGCCAUGUGGGAGAAGCAAACGACGAUUGAGAAGAAGGAGAAGGAGAAGAAGGAGCUUGAGGGGGAGACAUCAGAGGCUGGUUCUCAAGAGUAG